UCCCAUUGCCAACCCCUGGGAGGCUCCAAGGAAGAGGAAGAUGCCCCGGGACACUGAGGCAGAGCAGGAGCUGAGCAUGGAGAGGAGGGAGGACAAAUCCCCACGGCAGAAUCUGGCAGCAGAGGCCAUUUUGAGCGGCUCCACGGCGCAGGAACCCAACGGGGAGGAAAAGCCCCGGAGAUCCCGCACGAGGAGGGGCUGCAAAUGCAGAUGGCGGGGAUCUGAGGGGGAAAGAGCCAGCCUGGGCUGGGAAGGCGGCCAGAGAUGGAGCCAGAGCUCAGAGCUGGUGGUGCAUGAGCAGCUCCAUGAUGGGGAGAAGCCCCACAAGUGUGGGGAGUGUGGGAAGAGCUUCAGGUGGAACUCUGAGCUGAUCAGGCACCAGAGGACCCACACUGGGGAACGGCCCUACGAGUGUGAUCAAUGCAGGAAGAGGUUUCAGACCAGCUCUGAUCUCCUCAAGCACCAGCGCACUCACACAGAGGAGAGGCCCUUCCGCUGCCCCGACUGCGGGCAGGGCUUCAGGCGAAAUGACCAUCUUGUCAUGCACCAACGCAUCCACACUGGGGAGAGGCCCCACGAGUGUGGGGAAUGUGGGAAGAGCUUCAGCCGGAGCUCCAACCUGAUCAGUCACCGGAGAACCCACACCGGGGAGAGGCCCCACGAGUGUGGGGAGUGUGGGAAGAGCUUCAGCCGGCAUUCCAACCUGAUCCUCCACCAAAAGAUCCACACAGGGGAGAGGCCCUACGAGUGUUCCAAGUGUGGAAAGAGGUUUCGGAGCAACUCCCAUCUCCUCCUGCACUAUCGGAUUCACAGAGAGGAGAGGCCCUUCCAGUGCCCUGACUGCGGGAAGGGAUUCAAGCACAACUCCACCCUCAUCACCCACUGGCGCAUCCACACUGGGGAGAGGCCCUACGAGUGUCCCCAGUGUGGGAAGAGCUUCUCACGGAGCUCUACCUUGACCCAACACCAACGGAGGCACCGGUAAGGGAAGUCCUGCGAGUGCCCCAAGUGUGGGAAGAGCUUCGUGUGCUGCUCCAGCUCCAUCCCCCACUGGAGGAGCCACAUUGGGCACAGCCCUGGUCACCCACAUUCCCUGUGAUCCAUAUUGGGAACACACCUGGCUGCUUCUCCUGUUGGUUUGGCCUUAAUUUUCUUCUGAUUCAUCUUCAUCCCUUAAAAACAUCACAAACAGGGUUAAAUAAAUGAAAUUGAUCAAAGAUAUCUAAAGUCCCACCAUUUCUCAGGUGUUUGAGGGGGAAUUUAGGAUUUGGGGACACAUUCUGUGUGGAGUGCCCCUGUUGCUAAAAAGGCAGGAAUUUGAUCUCACCCCUCUUGUGUUGCUAAGAUCUCCUCCCCUGGCCCAAACCCAAACUCCACCCCUGGCAUGCCCUAUAAAAACCCCAGGCCCUGCCUUUGCCCUGUUUUUUGGGGUCAGAAAUGAAUUCUGGAGCUCUCUGAAACCAGGACCCGUCUCGUUUGUUCCCGGCACCGGCAGCUGCAGCCUCCCUGGGCACCAUGAACUCUGGAGAAUGGGGGCAGCCAGUGAGGACAUGUCCUGGAUUGCAAGAUAAGUGUGUGUUGUGUUUGCCAUCUGUCAGAGGCGGGACAGUUAUCUUCUGUGCAUUGGGCAGUUUAUCUCUUCCACAAGCAAUCCUCCCUCCAGGAGAGAUCUGCUUUUAAUGGGCCAUUAAUUUACAGGAGAGUGAACGUGUUUUUCACAGGCAGCUUCACAGAAACUGGAAAACGUGGGGGUUCCCAGG